CAUGGAGAUAUAAACAAAAACAAAGAAACUGUUGUGACAAAAGUGUUUUAUGAAAUCAUUGUGUGGUUCAAUGUUAAUUAUGACACCGUUGUCAAAAACGAUGGUCAAAACAUAAAGUUCAAAGAUAUUGCUUACACCCAAACCGACCGAAUGAAAUUUGGUGAUAACAUACCAAAUUGUGUCACACUUAUUAGUCAUAGCUGUUUCCGUAAUUGUAGUUUGAGCAGCAUAACAAUACCAUUAAGUGUCACGUUAUUUGGUCCGAGAUGUUUCCAAGGAUGUAGAAACUUGGAAAGUAUUGAUAUACCAUCAAAUGUGAAUUAUAUUGGUCACCUUUGUUUUUGUGGAUGUGAUAGUCUCAGUAGUGUGACAAUACCAUUAAGUAUAACAUCAUUAAAACGGAGUUGUUUCUCCGAAUGCAGAAGUCUAAGCAGUGUGACUAUACCAACAAACGUGAAUACUAUUCAUAAAUUUUGUUUCGAUGAAUGUAACAAUCUAAGCAACAUUAUAAUACCAUCUACUGUCACAUUUAUUGGUAAUUAUUGUUUCCAUCAAUGCGCCAGUCUGAGAAGUGUUAUAAUACCACCAUCUGUAACAUUUAUAAGUGAGAUGUGUUUCAAUGAAUGUAUUAAUUUGAGCAACAUAGAAAUACCAUCAAGUGUCACUUCAUUAGGCGAAGGUUGUUUCUAUGGAUGUAGCAAUCUGAGCAAUAUAGAAAUACCAUCAAGUGUCACAUCAAUAGGUAUAGGUUGUUUUUGUGAAUGUGAAAAUUUAAAAAGUGUUUAUGUUCCAUUAAGUGUCACGUUUAUAAGUGCUUAUUGUUUCCCCAAAAAAACAGUCGUUCGUCGAAGAUGCGACAAUACCAACAAGUGCUGCAUUAAUUAA